AUGGAUACAGUCAAGAUACGGGAACGAUAUGUUCGGGAUAUGGCAGGGGGCGGAAACAUAAUUUUGUUACGGAUUUUAAUAGAGAAUGCAAGCCAGGAGAUCAUGACAGUGUGUCCAACCCAGAAUGCAAUUAUAUGGCAUGAAUUCUGUCAAGUUUGGUACUCAUACCGGCCUUUCUAUUCCUGGGACAGCUAUACUAGAAUGUAUCUUGACUCGAAUAAAUAUGAGAAAAAUAUAUCAGACAGCGUUGGUUUUGUUGUAGUUUUGAAGGAUUUCAUGAAUAAACUCUCCGAUCAAGCUGCAUUCAAUCCUUCUAACCUCAUGUUUGCUACUGGUAAAACCAAAAUUUCGAUGAAUGAAACGAUUUAUGGGCUUGUACAGUGCACAAGAGACAUAUCUCGAAGGGACUGUAGAGUUUGUUUGAAUUCUGAAUUUGGAGACCUUGAGUAUCGCCAAGGCGGUACUGUUUUAAGCAGAAACUGCAACAUGAAGUUUCAGCUAUACCUGCUUUACAACGAACCUACUGUGGCUAUGCUAGUUAUCGGUCCAACAACAUUUGUGCUCGCAGGUCUUGCUGCUGGUUGUUGUGUUAUUCGGCAUCAGCGAAGCAAUCGAACACAAAAGGAUGAGGAAAAAAGCCAAAGUACAUUGUUACGAGAAUUGGCAAACCCACCUAGUGUUGACAUUAAUCAAGAAGGUCAAUUUGUCAAUUCUCAGGAACUGCCUUUCAUGGAGUUGGCUACUAUAAAGGCAGCCAUAGGAAACUUUUCUGAUACAAAUAAGCUCGGACAAGGUGGGUUCGGCACUGUUUACAAGGGUAUCUUGUGUGAUGGCGAGGAAAUAGCAGUGAAAAGGUUGUCAAGGAAAUCAUGGCAAGGAUUAGAGGAGUUCAAGAACGAAGUCAUACUAAUAGCAAAACUUCAACAUAGAAACCUUGUGAGGCUUGUGGGUUGUGGCAUAGAGGGAGAAGAAAAGUUGCUCAUAUAUGAAUACAUGCCCAACAAAAGCCUUGAUCUCUUCAUAUUUGAUUCAGAGAAGCGUGCAAAACUUCAUUGGGAUAUACGCCUGAACAUUAUUCUUGGGAUUGCUCGAGCACUAAUUUAUUUGCACGAAGACUCGAGGCUUAAAAUCAUACACAGGGAUCUAAAGCCUAAUAAUGUUCUAUUGGACCAAGAAAUGGUGGCUAAGAUAUCAGAUUUCGGAAUGGCGAGAAUUUUUGGUGAAAACCAAAAUAUAGCUAACACCAAAAGAGUUGUAGGAACAUAUGGAUACAUGGCUCCCGAGUAUGCAAUGUGUGGAUUAUUCUCUGUAAAAUCUGAUGUUUUCAGUUACGGAGUGAUCUUGCUCGAGAUCAUUAGUGGGCAAAGAAACAGCGGCUUUUACCUUACAGAACAUGCUCAGACACUCCUUGCUUAUGCAUUGAGACUAUGGAGCGAUGGAAAAGAACUAGAAUUUUUAGAUCCAUUGUUGGCGGGGUCAUGCCCCGUGGCAGAAGUUGUAACAUGUAUCCAUAUUGGGCUUCUAUGUGUCCAAGAAGAUCUGAAAGAUAGACCAAAUAUGUCAUCUGUGGUGGUUCUAUUGGGAAGUGAAUCAGCAACACUUCCUGAACCAAAUCAACCUGCAUUUUCUGUUGGCAGGGUUGCUCAUAUCGAACCAUCUUCAUCCACAGAUCCUUCUGUAAAAAAUCAAGUCACUGUUUCUGGCAUAUCAUUGUAG